AUGUCAUACAUCAAUGGCGGCAGUGUCGUUGCGGUUGGCGUCCUAUUCCCGGUGGUUGGCACCGUUGCCGUCGCUGCACGGUUUUAUGCACUGGUGACUGGCUGUGCGGUAUCUUUGAUCGUUGGAGCUGCGGGUCACACCAUUGGAUACCAUUCAAAGCCAGAUCAGAACGCUGGAAACGACGAGAGAAUCGUUUUCAUGGAAAAGGUCCGGCCCCUAUCUAUGAUUGUCUUGCAUGUAGCCCUUAAUGAUCAACACUAUGUUCUCAUGGUGCUCUUCAAACAUGAGAUGAGCUACUCGUAG